AUGCAUCUUCUUCCACAGGACACCGCGGCCGUUGAGGGCGCAGGUGAUCCAUACAAGAAACGCAUGAGAACGGGCAAAGGAUGGAAGGGUUUGUGCGUGGCGGCGGGUGGCGGUGCUGCUGCUUCCCGCGCGAAGCCAGCUCCUCGGAAGAGCUGCGGCGCCGCAGCGGGCGAAGACAGCAGCAGCAGCAGCAGCAGCAGCAGCAGCAGCAGCAAGGGUUUGCUGCAGCAGCUGACGCAGCUGCCGCUGACUGCGGACGCGCUGCACCUGCAGCAGCGGGGGCUGCGCGACUACCGGCUGCUGCAGCUGAAGAGCAGCAGCGAAGAAAGACCUCUUUGGGUUUGCUGCGAUGGUUUUAUUCUUUUGGAGCUUUUCCGCAGCAGCAGCAAACAAGCCAACGACUUUCUCGUCACUGUUGCGGAGCCUCUCUGCAGAAGCGACCUCAUGCACGAGUUCCAGGUCCCUGCUGCUGCUGCUGCUGCUGCUGCUGCUGCGGAGGCUGCUGCUGCUGCGGAGGCUGCUGCGGAGGCUGCUGCGGAGGCUGCUGCGGAGGCUGCUGCGGAGGCUGCUGCUGCGGAGGCUGCUGCUGCGGAGGCUGCUGCUGCGGAGGCUGCUGCUGCUGCUGCUGCUGCUGCUGCGGAGGUUGCUGCUGCGGAGGAGGCUGCUGCGGAGGCUGCUGCUGCUGCUGCUGCUGCUGCUGCUGCUGCUGCUGCUGCGGAGGCUGCUGCGGAGGCUGCUGCGGAGGUUGCUGCGGCGGAGGGGGAGGCGGGGGAGG